AGUUCGACGUUUCCUUCGAAGACUACAGACAGGUAUCAGGAUGGCAGAAGUAGCACCAGCAGCGGCGGAGACUUCGGCGGCUCCCGCUCCCAAGGCGGCGGCGAAGAAGGCAGGAGGAGCCGCUAAGGCGAAGAAGCCUUCGGGUCCCAGCGUGACUGAGCUGCUGACCCAAGCGGUGACGGCUUCCAAGGAGCGCGGCGGGAUUUCCCUGGCCGCUCUGAAGAAAUCUUUAGCGGCUGCUGGUUACGAUGUGGAGAAGAACAACAGCCGCAUCAAGCUGGGUCUCAAGAGCUUGGUGACGAAAGGCACUCUGCUCCAGACCAAAGGCACCGGCGCUUCAGGCUCUUUCAAGCUCAACAAGAAGCAGGGCUCUGAGGCCAAGGAGAAGAAGGCCGCCCCCAAGAAGAAGCCUGCUUCCGCGGCUGCCAAAGCCAAGAAGCCUGCGGCCAAGAAAGUGGUGAAGAAGGCUGUGGCAGCUAAGAAACCCGCUGCCAAGAAAGUCGCCAAGAAGCCCGCGUCGGCUGGAGGAGCCAAGAAAGCGGCUGCCAAGAGCCCCAAAAAGUCCAAGGUGACCAAGCCUAAGAAGACCAUCAAGAGCCCCGCCAAAGCUCUGAAGCCCAAGGCGAAAGCCAAGCCCAAGACCACCAAGCCUAAAGUCGCUCCCAAAAAGAAGUGAACUCCAUACUCCUUGCCAAAA